UGAUAAACGAUUAAGAUGGCGGAUGACCCUGCGACAGUAACGAUUGAGAGUCUGAGAAGUAGUUGUUAAAUUGUGAUUAUAUUUAAAGAACUAUUCAACAUGUCCUAUUGGAGUUUUCCCUCGUCACACCAAAGGGCAGGAGACUUGGUCCUUCUUUUUUUUAUCUUGCUGUGUUCCCUUUCAAUAGCCUUUGGAAUCAACUGUGAGAAUAAAACUAUCAUUGCUGCCUGCACGGAGUGUUCAGCAGGAACUUAUGCAAAUCAUAGUAUCCAAGCAUGUAUUUGUUGUAAACCUGGAAACUGUAUUGAGCUACAGAGCUGCCAGUAUUGUCCAGUGGGUUAUUUUCAACCAGAUCCAGGAAAAGAGAACUGCGAUCCUUGUGAUCUGGGGCAUUCUACCAAGGGCCAACAAGGGAAUACUCGGUGCUAUGCCUGUGAUAGAGGGAAGUAUGCAGAAGCACCUGGUCUUGGGGAGUGCAAAAAAUGUAAAAUAGGGACUUCUACUAAUGCAACUGGUAGUGUUGACUGUGAGCCUUGUGAAAAAGGACAUUUUACGAAUAGUACUGGAUCUUUUGAGUGUCAGCAAUGUAAUAAAGGGCAUUAUUGCAAUAAAAGUGGCUGUACAGAAUGUGACUCAUGUACACCUGGUAGUUAUACAAAUAGUUCGGGCACGAUAAAUUGUCAUAAGUGUCCAAUAGGUACUUUUCAAAGGGACCCUGGAGCGUCUAGCUGUGAUUUCUGUGAUGCUGGAUUUGAGGCAAGAACUGAAGGGAGAACCAAUUGUACUGGAUGCAGAAAUGGCACUUACAAAGGGGAUCGUGGAGGGGGUCUGUGCUCAUUGUGUCCACAAGGUCAGUUCUCUAAUUUAACAAACAGUACGGAGUGUACUCCAUGUGCUCCCGGAUACCAUGCCUCUGAGAGUGGUAGUCCACAUUGUCUACCAUGUCAGCCUGGAACAGUCUGCAAUGAUACAGGUUGUGUGCUUUGUGAUGGAUGUCCCGCUGGCCAUGACACAUCCAAGGCUGCCAGCACGGAAUGUACGGCCUGUCUACCUGGUAAUUUUAAGGCAGACUUUGGUAAAUCAAGAUGUGAGGUGUGUCGAACCGGCACAUAUAACCAGGUUGCAGGGUCCAUUUCAUGCACAGUUUGUCCAGAAGGGUACUUUUGUCCGUGUCCCACCUGCGGUCCACAGCGCUGUCCAAAAACUUCCAUCUGCCCAAGUGGCAGCCUUGAGCCUUACUCCUGUGAAGCUCCGUUUUAUGUUGUCGGCAGUGACCAGAAGUGUACGCCGUCUGAAGAAUUGAUAGCUCUGAUCGUUGGCUGCGGAGUCAUUGUUCUUGGUGCUGUUGUCUUCCUCGUGAUAAGUCUUGUGAAGAAACAACUGCAGGUACAGCAACUUGGUGUACCUAUAGAGACAUCUUCCACGUCAACACAGAGAUCGGAACGCCAGUCACUUAUCAGUAAAGGAGGUGAACCAAUCUACACAGGGUUAUAGUAGAAGUAAUCUAUGACUGGUCUAAGAUCAGUAGUGUACUUUAUCAACAGCAAUAAUUGGUGUUCUAAAACACCUUGGUUACAAUGUUUCAUGUUUAUAAUGGAUUGUGUAUCAGCUUGACCAGCGAGGUUUUGGUGAGACAACCUUAACAUGUUGGGUUUGUAUAAAAUGUGUCUAAGUCAGGCUUCUUUGCCGAAUUAUGCCCGAAAGUUUGAGAUGAUUCAGAAUAGAAAUUGAAGGGGGUUGUUUACACCCCAACCACUCUGGCUCCACUUAUGGGAAUAAUUGUGCAUAAUAUGGUGCUACCUCAGUUAUGUCUCUAUUGUAAUUGCCACAACGAUUAAUCGGUUUUGGUGUCCAGUGCAUCAUGGGGCCCACUUAAGGCUUCUAUGACAUGAUUUACAGCAAUGAUUUCACCCUAAACCGGUCCGUCUUAGCUUUAAAAAUGUGCAGUAAAAUGUGUCAUAGCAAAGUUGUUUGAUGAAAAGGAAAAAUCUUCCCUGCAUUUUUAUUGCUCAAAAUGAUCCUCAUUUCCACUGUAAAUAUCUGCUUUAUCCUGUAGUGGCUGCUUUAUCCUUCUUGGUUUAGCUAUGUAAUUAACAUGUUUAGCAAAAUAUAAAAAGUUUAGCAAUGUAUACAAACAUGUAGGGCAGUACUUGAGACCCUAGAAUUUCACUUCAGAGGUCUAUGGAUUCUAAUGGUGUCCUUCGUAAAGUGGUUUGAUACAGACUCUUGUCAAGGAAAAGUGCUAAGAAGCAUCAUUAUUAGUAUUAUAGACAUGCACAUGUUCAGUUCUGUAAGUGUUAUAGCCAUUACAUUUUGACUGCAACACUGUAUGUAGUCUAUGGCCAAUUGGAAAUCAGCUAAUUUACCAAACUUUUAGCUUUGUAACAAAUAGUGGUUUGCGGUAGUUAUGCCACCAGACGAUUACUAUUUCCAUUUACGAUAUUUGUCAAUCACUAAAAACAGUGAAAACAAUAGGAUUCUUCUUUGCUAAAGUUUACUGUAUGUGAUAUAAGAAAUUGUCUUUGAGGCAGCAUGUUGUACCAGAUGAACUAUAAUUUGUAAUACAAUUUCAUAAUUUUGUACAUUCAGAUGUAAGUUGAGAUGUUAUUUAUAAUAAAUGGGAGCUCCCUUCA